AUGGUCAAGCGAACAGCAAUAGUGACCGGCUCGUCGCGCGGCAUAGGCGAAGCGAUCGUGCGCCGGCUCGCUGUCGAAGGCUACGCGGUGUGCGUCAACGACGUAUCAGCCAACAAGGCCGGAAUCGACAAACUGGUGUCGGAACUCAACCAGGCGCACGGGUCCGGCAGCGCCAUCGGGGUCGUGGCCGACGUGACGUCGUCGUCCGAAGUGCAGGCGCUGAUCAAGGAGUCGGUGGACAAGCUGGGCCCGCUGACGGUCAUGGUGGCCAACGCCGGGAUCGCGCAGGUGGCGCCGGCGCUCGACAUCUCGGACGAGGACGUGCAGAGGAUGUUCAACGUCAACUUUAUGGGCGUUUGGCUCUGCUACACGCACGCGGCGCGGCAGAUGAUCGCGCAAGGUCCCGUGCCCGAGGGGAGCACCAGCGGGUACAAGAUCCUGGGCGCCGCGAGCAUCGUCGCAUUCAAGCCGUUCCCGCUGCUCGCGCACUACAGCGCGUCCAAGUGGGCCGUCCGCGGCUUCACGCAGGUGUUUGCCAUGGAGAUGGCCAAGCACAAGAUCACCGUCAACGCUUACGCGCCUGGCAUCGUCGGCACGGCAAUGUGGGAUCUCAUCGACGAGAAGCUGGGCGCCAUCGAAGGCCGCGGAAAGGGCGAGUCGGUCAAGAAGUAUUCUUCCGACUUGACCGCUCUGGGGAGGGUGAGUGUGCCCGAAGAUGUCGGGAACCCCGUUGGAGGCUUCUUGUGUUCAAAGGAUUCAGAUUUCAUGACGGGCCAGACAAUAGUCAUCGACGGUGGCAUCAUCUUCACUUGA